UAUAGUUCUAAUAUUUGUUUUUUCACCUGUUCAUUUCAUACGACGAGCCAGUGUUCCGAAAGACCUUGAUUCGGCUGCGAAUGUACGAUGAAAUAACUGCUGAACCAACGGCAAGUGACUGUUGGAAAUGGAAAUUGCAUUCCGUUGAUGCUGGAGAAAAUAUUGUUUUAACAUUCGUCGUGAAUAUCAAGUACAGAACGGAGCCGGUACUUGGUCUGGCAUCCAGUUGGAGAGGUUCAAGCGGUUAAAUACAGUCCGGGGAUAGUCUAGUUCGAGUGAAAGAAGGCCUACCACGAGUGCGUCUGCGAACUUAUCAAGUGGGAUGAGGAGUUCAAUGAUACUGCAGUUCUUGUUAAGCCUGAGAGUUGCGUCGAGUCUGCAAGAUGAGAUAAUAACAAUGCCUGAUGAUUCGAUGGAAGAGUUCAUUGACGCGUUUAGUGAUUCUCCUACGGAGCAAAAAAGUACGCAGAGUGACGAUGUAAAUGCUGAAAACAUCAACCAUGAUACAGUCCAGGAAGAUUCUGGAAAAACAGAAGUCACAACGGUUCCUGAAUCUGAUAAAACUACAUCGUACGAUGCACACGUUGUGAAAAACAGCCCUCGUGAAAAGGUGUUGGUAUUAAUAUUUGGUGAAGAAAUUCUUCUGCCUGUAGAUGAGGACGCUAAAGAUGUACACGCAGAACCGGUGAAUCCGCUGGAAGAGUACAUUGAGGCAAUCCAAGACUUUUAUACCAACCCAAACAGAGGAGAAUCGAGAACCUUAAAUUUUACUGACGUUCCAAACUUGCAUUCCAAAGACUCCAAAGUAACUAAAAACUCCAGUACGCUUCCAGCGAAACAGGAAACGGAAAAUAAGGCUGAAACAGUAAAGAAAACCAAUUCUACAUCAGAGAAGAGCAAACUUUCAGCAAAUGGUCCCGUAAUCACAGAAAAAGACAAAGUGCCAAAAAAUGGCACAGCUUCAUCUACAAAUAAUGGUACUCACUUGUCUUCAAAGAAGGACGAAUUGGAUAAAAAAGAUCGUCAUGCGUCGCAAAGCAGUGAUCAGAGUCAAGUGUUGGCUGUUAUUCCACUUGACAGUGAGAAUCAUGACACUGACCAUGGGGAUAAGGAUCAGUCUAAUGAAAAUGAUUCAUUUUCCGAUGAUUUCGAGUUACUUGAAGGUGGAACUGGGUACAUUUCAAGCCUAGAAGAUUCAGGCGAAGAUCAUGGUGAUGCGGAUGGUUGGCCGUCGGACAGUUUAUUCUCUGAUGAAAAUCUCUUCGAUUUCAACGUAUAACUCGAUCUCGACUCGUCGAUCAAGUAGCUUAUAGAUCAAUUACGUAACACUCGUGACGUUUUAGAGUAAUGAUAAGAGCAUUUAACACUUACCGUAUUAUCUACUAAUCAGCGUAAUCUUUCAUAAUUGUAUUCCUACUUUGUAAAUAAAUUAUCACAUUUGCAGCACUAUGCUAUCGGUACAGUA